ACACGAUUCCUAGAAAUCGGCUACACUGCAGAAAUUUAGCAAUCAGUGAGUGCAUUUCAACAUUAUCAUGAUCGUCGUCGUCAGCCGUGAUCGAUCCACUGCAGGCAGCCCACAUCUCUCACGAUCCUUGCGAUGCAACCAAUCCAGCGCGUGCACGUGAACUGAUUUUCGUUGCUCCAUCUUCCCCUGGCUGCGAAGUUCCAUCUCCCCGCACCUCCGAUUGGCACGGGAGGAAAGGUGCGAGACGAGCUCGAGAUGGAGACGAGAGGAGAGGCGUGAAGAAGGAGGAGGAGGAGAGCCAGGACGAGGUGGAGACAGCACCCCAGGAGAUAUUUCUCCCAACAGCUGCACCCUCACGAGUCUGCGUGCCACGGAACGCCAUGGGGGGGUCUCGUGGAGCGGGGGGCCAUGUCCCUGGUGGUGACGCCGGCGGCCAGGGGCGGAGGAGGAGCCGUCUCUAGGAGCCGCUCGUUCGCCGGGUUCAGCGCCGCUCACGAGCGCAGUCGCCGGUCGCGUGCCGCUCCCCGGCGCUCCCCGACGCGCUCGGCCAGGAUGUUUGCCGGCUCCAGCAAGUCGCCGGGCGGCGGCGUCGGCGGCAGCGGCGGUGGUGGCGGUGGCUCCUCACCACGCUUGCCGCAGCCGCAGCGGCUGGACGAGGUCUACGGGGCACUCAAGAAGGGGCUCGGUGAGUUUCUGCAGGCUCAUCAUACUGAACUGGAAUCGAUGACCAUCCAACAGAAGGAAAUGAAACGCAACUCGCGGCUGGGCUUCGUGUACGACCUGGACAAGCAAAUCAAGUCGACGGAGCGAUUCAUCCGGAGACUCGAGUUCCACGUCAGCAAGGUGGAGGAGCUGUACGAGACGUACGGGAUCCAGCGCAGGCUGCGGGACGGCGCGCGCCGGAUGAUGGCCGCGUACGAGACGUCGCCCGGCAGCAGGGAGGCUCGGGACACCCUGCAGGAGGUCACCCGGGGUCACCGCGAGUACACGGAGAGCCUGUGCGUGAUUGAGAACGACAUGGAGAACCUCCUGGGGGAAUUUCACAUGCGCAUGAAGGGAUUGGCCGGGUUUGCGCGCCUCUGCCCCGGAGAUCAGUACGAGAUCUUCAUGCGCUAUGGGCGCCAACGCUGGAGGCUCCGUGGGCGCAUCGACUCGGAUGACAAGCAGAGCUGGGACAGCGAGGAGACGCUGCUGGUGCCUCUGAUUUCCGACUUGCUCCAAAUCAAGGUGACGGAGGUCAAGAGCCUGGCCACUCACGUGGUGGUGGGCAGCGUCGUGUGCGAGACGCGGGACCUGCUCGCCGUGGGGCCCCAGCUCGUAGCGGUCGACAUCAAUGACCUGGGAACCAUCAAACUCAACCUGGAGGUCACCUGGAGUCCAUUUGACAAGGAGGACCAGGCCAUGACUCCGGGCACCAUCGGCAAGAUGUCUGCCGCCAGCAAGAGGCUGUCGCUGUACAGCCAGAGCCCGCCUGACACACCGUCGCUACGCGAACAGGCCUUCUACAACAUGCUGCGUCGUCACGACGAGCUGGAGAACGGAGCCACCUCCUCGCUCUCGUCGGACUCCAUGGACGGCUCCGUGAGUCCCCGGACUCCGCUCGACGCCGGCGCCGGCAGCCGACGGCGUCCGAUCCCGGAGUACCAACUCCCGAUCCCGGAGUACGAAGCCCCGGGUCUCGGUUCCGGACGCGAGCCGGAAACCCCGUCCUCUGCCACCGCCGCCGCCGCCGCUGACGUUCCGCCCCCGAGCGAGCGGCGGGUGGAGAACGGCGAGCCGGAGCCUCGCGGGCCGCCCCGCGCCGAAGGCUCGCCGCCGCCGCCGGACGAGACGGAGCGUGCGACGAAGCCGGUCGUGAGCAACGGCGUCCUGGCGUACGGCCGUGCGCUCAGCCAGAUCAGCGAGGGGAGCGUGGACUCGCUGGAAGAGCGCGGCGGAGCGGGGGGAAGUGUCGGCGAGGCCGCGGCGGUUGCGGUGGCUGCGGGAGACCGCGAGGGUUGGCCGGCCGAGGGAGGAGCGGCGGAGGAGGCGGCCGAGGCUUUAGGAGCCGGGGGAAGCGACGGUCCGCGGGAGGACGCGGAACCGGCGGUCGCCCCGGCGGAACCGGCGGUCGCCUCGGGCCGCGGAGCGGAAGCCGCGACCGAGGACGCCGGCACGGGCGACGUCGCGGCCGGCGGGAGCUCCUCCUCGCCGAAACGCUCGCCGGCGCGCGGCGACGGAGCGUUGGGCCGCGAGCCCAGGCCGGGCAAGGACGGCCUGCCGCUGAGCGCCAGCGCCAGCGAGAUUUUCUUCACCGACAAAUCAAAGGACGUCGUGCAUUUCUUCAACGCCGCGGUCGUGCCGUGCGGCGACGACGACGACGACUCGAACGGCGCCGAAGAUUCCCGCCGAGACGAGACGGCGGCCGCGGGCGAUGGCGCCGCGUCCCCCCCCGGGGUCACCGCCCGAACCAAAGAAACCUCGGGCCCGGCCGAGCAGGUCAGGCCCGCCCCCUCGCCCGCCCCCUCGCCCGCCCCCUCGCCCGCCCCCUCGCCCGCCCCCUCGCCCGAGCGGGGGGCGGCGAGCGCGGGGGAGGAUUCGGGGGAGCGGCUGGGAGGUCCGGGCCUCGAGCGGGCCUGGCGGGCGCUGUGCUCGGCGCUGGACGACUGCAGGGGCCGCUACGCGGAGCUGCAGCUGCUGGAGCAGGAGGUUGCCGACCUGGAUCGGAUUCUGCAGCCGGGCGGGAAGACGUCGCGGAGUCGCGCGUCCAGCGUCAGCCUCUCGGUGGAGCACGCCCUGGAGAGUUUCAACUUCCUCCACUCGCCCGACCUGGACGACGAGGAGGUGGAGCAGGACGAGGAGGAGGCGGAGCGGCAGGAUGGGGAGGAGGAGGAGGGGGAGACGCGCCGCCCUGAGGCUGUGGAGUCGGACGGCAAGCGGCAGGGCGAGGCUGAGGAGGCGGAGGAGGAGGAGGCUACCGACGACGGCGUGGAGCUCGGCCCUGGCGCCCCGACCACCGGCAGUGAGGGCCUCGACGUGGCCUUGGCUCUGCACGCGGAUUACUGCACCCACCUCAUCAUGAAGCUCGGCACGUUUGGGCCCCUGCGCUGCGGGGAGCUGUGCGCCCUGGACCGCCUGCACGGCCAGGCGGCUGUGCUGCGGCGAAUCGCGGAGCUCACGCGAGACUUGUGCGACGGGCAGAUCCUGAGCAUCGCACGUGCGGUGCCCGAGCUGUGUGAGCGCGAGUGCCUGCUGCGCUUCUGGGAGCGCGUCGCCGAGCCCGGGGGAGCGCGGCUGUGCGCGACGGCGGAGCGGCUCACCGCGACCGUGUCGUCCGACUACUCGGAGACGCUGGCGCACACGGACGCGGUGUGCGUGCGUCUGCUGGAGCGGCUGUUGUGCCGCCGCGUGCGUCGCCUGCGCUCGUGUGCGCCCGCGCGUGUCACCGCGUUCCAGCUGGGGGAGCUCGCGCAGCAGCACGACGUGCGGACCAUGGACUCCUUCAUCACCCAGCUGGGGCACGAGGUGUCCCUUGCUGCGUCUCUCGAGUCGCACGACCGCAGCGAGGUCCUUCGUGGGCUCAAGCGUCUCGCCGGGCCGGACGCGGCCGCCCCUCCGCGCCUGAGGGUGGCCAACAUGACGUCCCUCGCGCCGCUCCUAUUGGACAGCGACGCCAAGAUCAGCCAAUCGGCGGCGACGAUACUCAGGAGGGCUGCGAGCGAGGCGCCACUCAGAGAGAAGGUGGUGGUUUGGUGUCUGCAGCUUCUGGAAGAGGAGGAUGAGAUUCUGAGACGAGCUGGUUGCGCAGCACUGGCUUGCCUGCAGGCCAAGGAGAGCAUGGAGCAGCUCCUGCACCUGUGCCAGGUCGACCAGGAGCCCGUGAAGCUCGCGGCCAGGGACGCCCUCUUCUCCUUUGGCAAGGAAGGCCAAGAGGCCUACCGUCGCGCGGAGGAGACCAUGGACGGAGUGCGCGGGUUCAUAACGCCGGGCGCUCGCAAACAGCCGUCCGCGACUUUCUGACCGUGGCGAAGGAGGUGGCGCGGCUCGUGGUGCCCACGCCGACGCCGACGCCAUCGCCGAACCGGCUGCUCGCGGGAGCCACGGUGGCGGCGGCGGCGGCGGCGCCGGGAAAACCGCACGCGGCCGAGGGCCGGCACCCGUUGGGGGGGGGGAGGGGCGACUUGUGGGAAUUUUUUUUGUUCAUCACAGGUUGGGGGGGGGGCAGCAGAGUGAGGAAUGGGGUUGAUCAAAAAAGAGGGCAGCCCCCUUGGUUAGGCUACAGAAGGGCAUGAUGAUGUGGAACACGUGAGAUGAUGUGGAACACGUGAGAUGAUGUGGAACACGCGAGAUGAUGUGGAACACGCGAGAUGAUGUGGAACACGCGAGAUGAUGUGGAACACGUGAGAUGAUGUGGAACACGUGAGAUGAUGUGGAACACGCGAGAUGAUGUGGAACAUGUGAGACGAUGUGGAACACGCGAGAUGAUGUGGAACACGCGAGAUGAUGUGGAACACGCGAGAUGAUGUGGAACACGUGAAAAACCUUACCGUUAGCGGAGAAGUGGGAUGGGCAGGGGGGGCGGCGCCACCGGUGUAGGAUUGUGGAAGUGUUAACACGCGGCACUGGGCACGAUUGUUGGACGUCGAUGAACGGAAACAUCGAGACGAAGAAAAACGCCGCGUUCUAGCGAGGGCCUUGCACGCGGAGCCCCUCUCGCGCCGUUGUUGUUCCGAGAGCGACGCCGUUCGCCGCAUCGGCGCGCCCUCGUUGUGGACUCGGAAGCCGCGUGGGAGAGAGCGGGAGGGUGGGAGGGAGGGAGAGGCCCUCCCGCAGAGACGCCCGCAAGGAGGCGCCGACCGCUUCGCCAUCCGUGGCCUUCCGGCGGGUCGGCAGAGCGAGCCGCGUGUCGGUGCGUGAAAUGGGCCGUCCCGUGCGAGGUCGGCUCGGCCUGAAAUGAGCGCGGGGCCGGAGGCGGCCGCGGCGUCUCUGAAACAUCGCAGGGAAAAGGGGAAAUAAAGAAAUGCAUGAUUCUUGUGUUUGUGGCGAGCGAAGGCGUGAGUGGCGUUCCGCUAGGCCCUAGGCGAACCUGCCCCGUACGCCGGCACGAUGCUCGGCCUCGGAGGGGCCCUUUCAAAAGUACCACGGACCUCUCAUAAACAGGUCCCCUGUGGUAUUCUCCGGAUUAUGUGACACGCGGUGAUUUCCCUCCCACCUGCCGGAAUUUGAGAUGAAAAAAAAAUGCUGGUUUGCGCGUCUUAUAGUGCGGUAGUUGCGAGUGCGUGUGACCAGACCCGGAGUAACUUUAUUAAUGGACACGGGGGUGGGGGUGGGGGGGGCUUAUAAACAUUCGGGGUCCGUGCGAGGCUCCGGAGCGUUUGCCAAUCUGGAGAAUACUGCGAGAGAGGAACACAGAGUUGGGUGGAGCUUCCCAAAAACACACAAACACUGAAUGCGGAGCUCGUCGGCGUUGUCGCCGGCGGCGUUGGUUCCUUUGGGCCCAGAUAACUCUCCGUUAUCCGCACACUGCAAGCGUACUGUUACGUGCGUGCCGCUUUCAAUAUCGCCGAGGAGGUGGUGGGGGGGGUGAGCAGGGGCCCACGUGACCGCAACGUCACAAGUAUGUACCGUACGUUAAACUUCGUUCGCGUCAUACGUCGCCAGCCGUGCUAAACGGAGGUGCCAGACGGAGGCACUCCGCAUCCGUCUCCCACUCACUCCUACGUAGGCGACAAAUACGAACGCACGGCACGUUUGGCUACGUACGGAGCGACAGAAGUUCAACGCACAGCAUACGUCCAGCUACCAUCCACAUUCGCUUUGCAUCAUCCGGGUCGGCUACAACGCAUUCCCACCCCACCACUACCCACCCACCAAGUCGCCCACCACCACCACCAGCCAUCCGCUCAGUCACCCACGACCUGGAGCCGACACUGACGGCCGUGCUCGGGAAGCUCCACGAGCCGAGGCACGGCCGGGCCACUCGCGUUUCUCGCAAAUGAUCGGAGAGCGGCUCCAAAGCCUUAGCCCGAGCUGUGGCUUAAGAUAUGACCGUGAGAGUUCAUCUGGGCAGAGAUUAACAGCCUUGGCACAUCGGUGUCGAUUGCGAUGACGACGAGGGGUGACGGUGAUGAUGGUGACGAUGGUGGUGAUGUUGCACCUGUCGGGGGACUGCGUAGCGGAAUGAACUCGCGCCACGGUGGCUAGGAGAUGUUAACUACCUCGCCUGGUAUACAGGAGGUCGUGGGUUCGAUCCCGACCCUGUGACACCUGCUGUAUAUUUGGAGUGUGGAUGUUCUCCCCGUGGUCGCAUGGAUUUUUCUCCGGGUCCUCCGCUUUUUCCCCUCCACAUUUAGAAGCAACAACACGGCGUUUAGAGUCUUUGGUUGCUGCUAGACACUUCCACGUGCUGAUGAUGAUAAGCCACCAUUCCGUUGAGUUAUAAUUUGUGACGGCCAGGUCGCUUCUGAAAAAGAGCUACACCGCUCAGAGUGUGGCCCUCAUCUCGUUAAAAGAAAAAAAAAUCGUUUUCCGUAUUUAUGGCGUGGUAGUUUGUUGUCCUUCGCCCGCCACCUCUGAUUAGCACGGUUGGCUACGUACGGUGCGAAAGAAGUUCAAAGUACUCACGACCAACUCUGCCCCUGCAGAGUCCUCUCGCUCUCGGCCCCCCCCACGACGAUCCGCGGCUUCGCUCGCUCCUGCGACGUUUUUACCCCGACGAUUAUUUCUCGGCCAGAUCAAAAACAAACGCGUGAACGGAUUUUUAUUUUUACGUAUUUUAUAUCGAUAUGUAUUUAACGGUGCAAAUUCAGUUCAGCUUGUGUAGUUUGUACAAAGGCGAGGUUUUUUUGUUGUGAAUAUAUAUAAAAGUCAUAUCGGUGUUGCAUAUAUAAUUAACGCACUCUCCCGUUCGAUUUUUCAUCCACGUGGAAGUGGCACUUAACUUUGAAAUGUAAAACAAAGACGAUCGUAGCUUUCUCGAGGUGGUGCGUAAGUUAUUAAUCCAAUUUAAAUGUGUUGUUGUUUAAGCCCAGACUUUGCCAGCUCCGGGUUCCCCCGUAGGCUUCUGAGCAGCCCCGCCAAGCGGCCAGCAACAAUCGGCACAGUCAGGGGUCGUAAUGGACACAGAGUGCAGCGCCGUUGCUUCAAACGGAGCAAAGGGGUCGAGAGAAACGGACGCGCAGACAGAGAGAGAGAGACCCGCUGAGAAACAGAGGUAGAGAUAUACAUAGAUACCAAGGAUACACAGAGAUUACAAACACAAGUCCGUUCAUGUUGCCUGCGGUAAAUUCAUGGGUUAGAUCACGUAAAUAUUAAUGUGUCGUUAAAACCCGCCACCACCCAACACAGCCAAUUUUGCAAGAUUUGUCGCGUUAACAAAACGUGGCCAAUUAGUUACUAGUACAGCACUAACCGGUUGUGUGUUGGAGACUAAACCCCACUACAACAUUUACAAUUCGAGUAACGCGACGCUUUGCUGGCGAUUGCAAGAACCCGCUCCGAUUUACACGAUUUAACCACACCCCAAACACACACAAAAAUAACUUUAUUCAGAAUAAUAUUGACCGCGAUAGCCUCCGUGGCAAAUUCAUCAUUUCACCCGCGCGUAUCCACUCCUCGUGACUGGGGUGGUGAUCGUGCAUGUGGGGUAACCGCUGCACCACCGCUCGAGGGAACGGUGGUGCAGCGGUUAGCAGCGCUGCGCUACGAACCUGGCGUCCCGGGUUCGAUUCCCGCUCAUGGCCAACACCGGUGACGAUUA